AUGAUACUAGAUGAACAUCGACAAGCAAGCCCCUCCCCUAUCAACGAUGGGGAACCGGAGCAGCAAGAGUCAUUCGGUGGUCCGGCCUCCUGCGGAGGAGCCAGAGUGGGAUGUGAGCAGUGCGUUUGUUGCCAACGCUGCGAGCCACAUCAGACCUCGAGGACGGAGCGGAGCGGAACACGUCUCCAGACACAACAGGAGAACGAGGCCAGGACCAGCCAGCAGGUGGAGACGACAGACCCUGCCAAGCAGAAAGGAGCCUCACUAACAGAGCAGGGUAUCGAGCUGUUUAAGCAGAGGAAGUACUCCCAGGCCAUGUCCAUGUUUACAGCAGCCAUCAACUGUGACCCCAGCGACCACAGGUUUUUUGGGAAUCGUUCCUACUGCUACUGGUUUUUGGAGCUCUACCCUUUAGCCCUAGCAGAUGCACAGAAGUCCAUCCAGCUGGCUCCUGAUUGGCCGAAAGGACACUUCCGCAGAGGAAGUGCGCUAAUGGGCUUGAUGAGGUGCGAGGAAGCAGAGAAAGCCAUGCUGGAGGUGUUGAGGCUGGAUAAGAAGUGCAUAGAGGCCUCCAGUAAGCUCUUCAACUGUAGAGUUCUCCAACUCAUGGACCUGGGCUUUGAGGAGGAUCACAGUGUGAUGCUGCUGGAGAAGUUCUCUACCGUCCAGGCAGCCCUGGCUUCUCCUGAAGCAACCAGAGUGUGUGCCCACCCCUCCCCUCCUGACUACAGUGGGUCUCCCUGUCCUUCUCUGUGGGUGGGGAACAUCACCGUGGAUCUGACUGAGACACACAUACGGAACCUCUUCAAAACGUACGGGGAUAUCGAGAGUAUUCGUGUCCUGCACGAGCGCUUCUGUGCUUUUGUCAACUUCCGCAACGCCAAUAUGGCUGCCAAGGCCCUGGACAAGCUGCAGGGUGUGGAGCUGGAGAACACCAGGCUGGUCAUCAGGUACCCAGACCGCUGGAUGCAGAGGACUAACCCAGGCCUCAUCACCGCGGCAACACACAUCCCCCCUCCCUCCACAGGGCCCAGACGUCUGGCACCAGUGAACGGAGACCAGUGCUUCUUCUGGAGGACUACCGGCUGUAUCCAUGGCGACAAGUGUCGCUACAAGCACAUCCCAGACCAACGAGGAAGAGACAAGAAACCAUGACAACCCCAGAACAUCAUCUACGGAAACUGUAGGAGACGAGCAGGAGGAGUGAAUGUGUGUGUGUGUGUGUGAGAGAGAAAGUUAGAGGAAUCUCCUGUUAAUUGAUGGUUAACUGAAUCGAACCACGUGAUGAAGAUCUGAACCAAACUGAAGCUAAAGUUAGUUAGCUAAAAAGUCAUAAUUAAACUGAAUUUAAUUGGAAGCCGGACAGAUCUCUUAAUCUUAAUAAUAAAACAAUAUGGUCCUUUUGUAAAUGGCUCCCUUAAUGAUAUGUAAUAUUUGUAUUAAAAGUAAUUUAUCACAAUAUCCCAACAAUAUAUUUUUGAAAAGAAGUAUUCAACAUAACACAGGAACAUUCAACACAGAAUAAAUGAAUGAAAAAAGUUUUAUAAUCAUAUUAAAUAACAGUGCAUGCAAUGUUUGAUGAUGCUGGUGACAUCAUGACCGGAGUUUUCAGCUCAAGCGCGGCAGCGAGGCUGCAGUACCUCAGCCAGCCACUAGAGACAACAGCACUCUGUUAGAGACCUGAUAAAGACUAGAAACAAUUAUUUAAUAAAACACGGUUUUUACAUUUAUUUUC